AUCAAUUAAAAAACAAUAAAAGUAACACUUUCACGUUCUUCCCUCUGUUUCUAUUUAUAUAUUAUUUAUUAAUUAUUAAUUCAAUAUAUUCUUCCACAGAUUCAUUCUUAAUAUAUAUUCUCUUUCUCUCUCUUUAUUUUAAUAAUAUAAACAGAGUCUCAGAUCACAGACACUGAUUUCGUCUUUGAUCUAUUAAAAUAAUAAUAAUAAUACCAUUGAUAUUAUGGAGGUUAUGGCUUCCAACUCCAACGCCAUCUACUUUCUCACUAACCACACUCCGCUUCUUCUUCACUCUCAUUCUCAAUCUCAACCAUUGUUACCUUCACCUUUCAAAACUAAUCUCUUCACAGUCACACGACGUCGUUUCAAUGCCUCACAUCGUCCUUUUCUCCCGCCGAUGGCUGUUUCCUUCGGUGCUCAUGCCGUCAAUUCUUCCCCGUCAAUGAGUAAGGUGUAUACUGUUGGUGAUUUUAUGACUCGAAAGGAGAAUUUAUUGGUGGUCAAGCCAACGACAACUGUUGAUGAAGCUCUAGAAAUGCUUGUGCAGAAGAGGAUUACUGGAUUUCCUGUUAUUGACGAUGAUUGGAAACUGGUCGGUGUUGUUUCGGAUUAUGACUUAUUAGCACUAGAUUCCAUAUCAGGUGGUUGUAAUUGUGACACGAAUUCGCUGUUCCCCAAUGUUGAUAGUUCUUGGAAAACGUUCAAGGAGCUACAAGGGCUGCUUAGCAAGACUAAUGGGAAAGUUGUUGGUGACUUGAUGACUUCUGCUCCACUCGUUGUUCACGAAACGACCAACCUUGAAGAUGCUGCAAGGUUGCUACUCGAAACAAAAUAUCGUCGAUUGCCCGUUGUAGAUGGUGAUGGCCGGCUGGUUGGAAUCAUUACAAGGGGAGGUGUUGUUAGAGCUGCUCUCCAGAUAAAGCGUGGUAACAAAAAACGAGCAUAGUUCUGAAAAUGAGAAUGAGCUUGGAAUUAUAGCUCCUAUUCAUACGUACGUACAUAGUCACACUGAGAGGUCGCUCGGAUGCCAUUCAUAUUUAUUUAUUAUGAAGAUAAUUAUUUUCUUAAACGGGUAUUUGACUUUGUUUCUAUUUAUGUUAUAGUUCUCUGCUCAGCUCUAUUUCAAGUUUGCUCAUGUAGCUAUUGGUUAUAGUUAGGCUUGUAUAUUUUAGCAACAUUUAUUACCAUUGGCUUCUGUGUAGAGCAAUCAUUUGCAAAAAUUUUGAACUAAUAAUAAGUUAUUCGUGAUUGAACUGUUUA